CAAAAGCACCCCCUCCUUGCAAUGAGCCUCCGAUUACCGGCUAGGCGGAUCUUUCGACCAUACUGUUCGUCACUAAUCUCUCCAACUAGUAUUAGGUUUGCACAGUUCAGCCAUGCGCCCGUGAAGCAUGAAGAGAAGGUCGAGGAUCCUCGCCUCAAGGAAGAACUCGGCGAUUUGGUCAUAGAAGAUCAGUAUGCCAUUCUCCGCGAGAAGUACGACACACCCAAAAAUCCAAUCAUCUUAGCCCAUGGACUACUUGGAUUCGAAGAGCUUAACAUCAUCCCAAAAGCAGUCGCUCCUGGUAUCCAGUACUGGAGAGGAAUCCGUGAAGCACUAGCGGCAAAGGGUAUCGAAGUCAUUACUUGCACCGUACCCCCAUCUGGGUCCAUCGAGGCUCGCGCUCAGAAGUUGAGUGAGGACAUUCACAACAAGGCAAAGGGAAAGAGUGUAAACAUUAUCGCACACAGCAUGGGCGGCCUAGACUCUCGAUACAUGAUCAGCCAAUUGAAACCAACAAACGUCAAAGUCCUCUCCUUGACCACAAUCGCAACGCCACACCGAGGCUCAUCUUUUGCAGAUGUCAUGUUCUCUUGGAUUGGCCCAACCAACAUACCCAAACUCUACAAAGCACUCGAAUUCUUCGGCUUCGAAACCGGCGCCUUCAGCCAACUAACCCAAAAAUACAUGCAACAAACCUUUAACCCAAAGACACCCGAUCGUGAAGGUAUUGCCUACUACUCCUACGGUGCCACGGUAGACCCAAGGUUCUGGAGCAUGUUUCGACAGAGUCAUAGAAUUAUUCAGAAACUGGAAGGUGAAAAUGAUGGAUUGGUCAGUGUGCAGAGUGCUAAGUGGGGUACUUAUAAGGGUACGUUGAAGGAUGUUAGUCAUUUGGACAUGAUCAAUUGGACGAAUAGGUUGCGUUGGUUCUUGUGGGAGUUGACGGGGAACAAGAGGAAUUUCAACGCCAUCGCUUUCUAUCUGGAUAUCGCUGAUAUGCUGGCCAAAGAAGGGCUCUAGGUGCCUGGUUCCUGAUAACAUAUCUUCACUCCAAAUGCAAGCCUUUAGACGUUCCCUCUCAUACUGAGGUGAUCCAUGUUAGUGGAGAGUCAAGAUGCAUCAGUUCACAUUCAGAUAUGGUCCAAUCUUGACAUACGACCUGCGCGGCCCUUCUCGAGAUCAAGAGAUCAUAUCACGAGAGUAGCGGAUUGGUUGGCAAAGAAUAGCACCGGCCCAAUAUAGAAUGAUGUACAAGUAUUCGAAUAUAUGAACAAUGCUUGCCUUUCCCCAA